UAGUGCUCUGUGGAUUAAAGUAAUCCAGCCCCUUUAAUAUCGGUGCGGUCCACCACUCGAAAAAUAAAUCAUCAUGGAGUACAGACUGCAGCACAUGUUACUGUUGGCCAUCCUGCUGGUGACUAAAGGUUUUGAUGGGCUUCAGGCUCAAGAGGAUGGCAAUGAGACAUGGGCUGAAAAAACUUGCAAAUGUGAUUGUGAUGAAGAUUCCUCUUACAAGCUGCUGUCUAAAGGUUUUAGAUCCACCUGGGCACAGGGCAUGGUCUGCAUGCCAGAGUGUCCUUACCAUAAGCCCCUUGGUUUUGAGGAAGGGUCUGUGACAUCAGAUCAAAUCAGCUCCUCCAAUCAAGAGCAGUAUACGGGCUGGUUCUCCUCCUGGACUGCAAACAAAGCAAGACUCAACAGUCAGGGAUUUGGGUGUGCCUGGCUGUCUAAAUUUCAGGAUACCAACCAGUGGCUUCAGAUUGACCUGAAAGAAAUCAAAGUGGUUUCUGGUAUCCUGACCCAGGGGCGCUGUGACUCGGAGGAGUGGAUGACUAAAUACAGCGUGCAGUACCGCACCAAUGAGAAACUCAACUGGAUCUACUACAAGGACCAGACUGGAAACAACAGAUUGUUCUAUGGGAACUCUGACCGUUCAUCAACAGUCCAGAACCUGCUGCGUCCACCUAUCGUAGCGCGUUACAUCCGUAUCAUACCACUGGGUUGGCACACCCGCAUCGCUAUCCGCCUGGAACUACUACUUUGCAUGAAUAAAUGCAUCUGAUCCAGUGGAUGCCAACAAUGCAAUACCCAACUAUUUCCUGCACUGUCCCUUUUCUUAUACUGUACUCCAACAUGCCAAAGUGAAAUUACUGUCCUAUGUUUAUUCUUUUUAUGAACAAGCAAUCUGUUAUUUUAUAUGGAAGAAAUUAGAUGAACUAGAAAAUGUUAGAUUUACACAAUAGAUCUGUUUUUAUAUAUUCUAGAAUAUAUAAAUAUUCUGUCCAAUAUUUACCCAGCAUUGGGUUAAAAAUAACCCAGCAAAAUUAAUAGUGCAAUAUAAGGCCAAAGACCCUCUCUGGUUGAUAAAAAAAGCUUGCAAAUCUGAAAAGAUUAUUUGGGGAGAUCACAUGGGUUUGUAUUGGGUGUGAUAUUUUUGUAAAGGUAAUGUAGAGUAGUUCCUCACUGUAACCAAUUACAGUGACAGUUACUACUUUGUUUACCUGUGUUCAUGGCUCACCUGAAAAGUCUUUGUUGAACACUUAUAUCUAAAGCAUCAUACAUUCAAUUUAUGUUUCCCAAGUUUAUGUUCCCAAUAGUAUUUUUUAUUUAAACAAAGAACACACCACCUAGCCUACUGUACCUUGAAUGUUUUCUAGUAAUUAAUUUAAGUAGCCUAUUUGAUCUGAUGUGAAUGAGUUGUGAUGUGUAUUGUUUAGGA